GGCCUAUUUUGUCCGAUGGAUUUCAUUUGUUAUAGGCGUCAAAUAUGAGCUACGAAACGAAGAACGAUUAAAACCCCAAGAACCCUACAUCAUCGUAUCUAAUCAUCAAAGUUCCUUAGAUGUUUUAGGUCAGUUUCAAAUGUGGCCCACGAUGGGCAGGUGUACGGUCAUCGCGAAAAGUCAGUUGUUUUGGGCGUGGCCUUUUGGUUUGGCCGCUUGGUUGGCCGGCCUGGUUUUUAUACCGAGGGUUAGGAAAGAAAAAGCCAAACAAGUACUGAACGAGGCAGUGGAGAAGAUAACUAGAGAUAAGACAAAACUUUGGAUUUUUCCUGAAGGAACUAGAAGAAACACAGGAGAAAUACACGAAUUUAAAAAAGGGGCCUUUCACGCAGCCAUAUCCGCGCAGUUGCCAAUUUUACCAGUUGUUUUUAGUCGGUACUAUUUUUUAGACAAACCCACUAAAAGAUUUGAUCAAGGUGUUGUUAUAAUUGAAACUUUGGAACCGAUAAGCACCAAAGGCAAGACGCUGGAAGAUCUUGAGUCUCUCAUGGAAGAAACCAGAGAGAAAAUGACAAAAACCUUUAAAAAGCUCAACAGUGAGCUCAUGAGCAAUAACAACUCACAUCAGCUUUUAAAAUAGAGCCUCUGCUUAACCAAAACAAUUUUUUUUUAAAUUAUGCAACUAUCAGUAAAUAGCACAAACUUAAAUUUGCGUUAAAUCUUGGUAGGAUUCUUUUUAAACGACUUUUUAUUGCACAUCUGUACUAUACAGGGUGUCCCAUAAAUAAGUGCAAGUAUUUUAAAAUAUUUUUCGGAAAAUUUUAAAAAACUUUUUAAUGCCACAGGUUCAUUCUCCUGAAAUUUCUUGACGGUGUAUCUAAGCUUUACAAUGAUGCCACCUCCUUUACUUACAGUCUGCAUAUUUGUGUGUUUAUAAAUUCAUAGUAUUUUAAGAAGUUAAGCGACAUUAGACGAUGCGAGUGGAUCGACGGGUAACCAUAUGGAAACACCGAUGUGUUGUUGUUCUAUGGUGAAAGUGUAAAAUCUAUUGACAUACACUACCACCUUUUAAAAUACUUGCAUUUAUUUCAGACACACCCUGUAUAAAAGUGGAUGAACAUUUGAAUCACUUAAAAAAAGUGUGUACGGUAUACAGGGUGUCCAAGAAAUAAGUGCAAGUAUUUUAAAGGGUGGUAGAUCUCUAUAAAAGAAACAUAUUUUCUCUUUAUCCUUUCUCAAAUAAGUUCAAAAUAACAGAGUUAUUUUGAUUUGAAAAUUUCCAAAA